AUGGUCCCUCGGGCCGAUUUCUCAACUGGCGCUGGCCCGAAGAGGUUGGUUCCAGUGCUCCGACCGCCAUGCCCGGACGAAGUGGACUCCCUCGAGGCUGCCCAGUCCCGACCGACCGGAUUUCCCAAGUCCGUGCCCUCCGGCAGCCCGGCUAUCCCCCCGCCUCCGGCCGACACGCAUACGUCUACCCCAGCGGCCAGGGGCACUCGUACCUCUUCCACUCCCCACAGGCCUACCCUCAACCGCCGCAGCCUCAUCCUCAUCCUCACCAAACAACCAGAGAGACGGGUCGCAGUAGUCGGGCCGACUCGCUCAGCUCUGACCCCUCAGACUCUCCAGCCGGCCGCGAUUCCGCUGCAGCCUCCUGGCAUCAGAUGGGCUAUCCUGGCCAAUAUGCGGCCUCUUAUCCCCAUCCUGGACACUUGCAAAACACUUAUGCACCGGUCGGUUGGUCGCAUCAUCACUACCAACGACCGCAUGGCUACGCCGCUUCCAUCGCCGGAGCGCCCAGCUCUCCUCCGUGGCCGAUGA